AUGAUCCCCGAAACUAUGGGUCAAGUACGUCGACGAUAAAUUUGUCACGAUCAAGAGGAACGAAGUUCAGGCCUUCAAGGUACAGUUGAACUCAAUCCUUCCUGAAGUCCUUUUUCAAAUAGAAGUAGAAAAUAACAGUCAGUUACCUUUCCAUGAUGUGCAAGACAAAGGGCUAGCAAGUUGGUGGAUAAGGACUGGGGUACGUUGUAUGGUGAUGAAUACUAGACAGCUUUCCUAUCUAAAAUGUAACCAUCCUAUUGGUCACAAAUCCAGUUAUGCUAGAACACUCUUUCAGUUGAGCUCAAGCACAUUGUGGCGAUGAGGAGGGGAGAAAUAAGGAAGUGAAAUACCUACCCUACCUGUUCACAGCCAAUGUUCAUUCACGGUCAUACAUACGUAAGUGCCUAAGUAAUCUCUUCUUGAACGGUCAGACGUUGAGUAGCUGAAGAGUUGGUUUUCUAUUUCCUAUGAGAUGAAGGUUUCGAAGGUGACACCAAGGAUUCUGAAACCUACUGGUGGCCUGUAGGUCGUAUUUAAGCCGAAAAACUAGUUGACGGCAACGGAAUAAUCAGCGGCAAUCUGAAGUACGCAAUGCUAAAACUGCAGUGUGAAGUAUGUUGGUGAAGCGGGCAGACGUCUUUACACAAGUCUGCAUGAGGACCAGCUCGCAGUUGGCCGCAAGAACAAACUUCCACUGGUAUAUGCCCAUAUCCAACGGGAGACGCGCGGUUUCGCCUUUGGAGAAGAAAGCGUCAUCGGCCGAACCAAUGAGGAAAUGUGAAGAAUCGUGUCCGAAUGUUGGUCCUCAACUGGUACACUCAACCGAGCUACAGACCUUCAUCGUGUCUACCAUGGCAUGACUAUAACACCAGACAGGUGCAAAGCUAAAUAAGUCCAGGCUAUCAGGAGCAGACACUUCAGUAAUCCGAUAAUGAAAAUGAAAAAGUCACCGACAAGUACAAUAUCAUCCAUGAAGUCGCCAGUUUUUCUUCGUCGCCUUUUAAAGGGAAUGAUGUGGGUCACCUAUUUGUAUGGAAGGACUAUGACAACGAUAAGGCAUACUGGAAUGGCCACUGCUGGCUCUUAUGUCAUCAUCAACCAGACACAUCCAAUUCCAGGUUUGCACAUCAUGAAGCCCAAGUUCGCGUUCCGCUGGUUAGUAGCCCAACGCCCUAAGAGAGAGAGAGAGAGGACUGCUUUAUUUUCAAAAUAAAGCGGUCCUCUCUCUCUCUCUCUCUAACAUCUGACUCAGGGGCUUGUUUUGCUCUCGGCAGUGUUGGGGCCUACCGGUCGAGAACCGGAAGUUGAUGUAAUCAUCGAGUUUCGCGGUCUCCUAAUCAACUGUCAUACAUGACUGAUUAGGACACCCUGAGGUUUUGACGCUCCUAGCAUACUUGCCUCCCCUACCAUAAAGAAAACUGCAUCAGCAUACUCCAAACAUUGGCAUCAGUUAAAAGUCCAAACAAUCGUAUCGCUGCAUUUCAGCCGUUGCACUUCAACGAUAGGCCUCCUGGGACACCAUCUAUCCCCAGGCCUGCAUUCCACAAUGGAGGCUGAGUGAGCAUUACUACUAACGCAACGAGAACAUUGAUGGAAAUGACGGAAUUACAUCUCCAAAUCUGGGCCUGGAGGAUUGCUCGAAGCAAGCCAGAGUAGAAUGGAAUUCGAAUGAGUACUUCUUUAAAGAAGGGAGUGCUACUCGUGUCCGCGAGAGUUUUAGCAGUUCAUAUAUCGCACCCAUUAUAUGAACAUCCACGGAUUCGGUAUUGGCAUCUUUUAUAUAAAACAGCGAUUCGUAGGCAGAACAGCGAAAACAGAAUCAUAAAGUGGAAACUCGGACGAUUUCAGAGGUUUCCGAGAAUCUGAGCUUUACAGGAGAAAGGAACCGCCCCACGAAUACGUAGGGCGGAUCAGAACGAGUUGAUGUUAAGAGGAAAGUCAAGUUAUAGCAGGCUGUGAUGAGAUAGUACGAAUACUGGAAAUUAUCGGUUAAUCGAUGCUGGCAGAUUAUGACAUGAGAAUGAAAUUCAUGAAGAAAGACGAGCACACUCCUCAGGAUGUGGCAUAUGAGCUAUGAUCCCGGAAGUCUUUGAUCGGAUCCAGCUACGGCAUUGCAACAAUCGACUCAGAGGUGCCACAAGAGACGUGUCCCGUGAUGUCUGUUGGCAGGGGCACUAAGGGGGCGAGGCUCCCACAUUUUAACGGGCGGUCAGGAUCUCGCUGGGAGUGUCCCGCGAGUGAACCGGAAACUACCUGGUAACUGUUCCACAUGAAACGCGGACUACUUGUCGAACAGUCAAGUUGCGUCUCCUAUGGUAGCCACAAUACUAAAUGUCUCAUUUGUACACUUGCCAUGUGCACUUCACGAAGUCAUGGAGAAGGCCGCACGGAAACGAUGCAGAAGUACAGUAGAUGCGCGACUUCAUAAAAUGUUAACCGAAAAUCCGAAUUUUGUUUUCAAUUUGGAAAGAUGAGCUAGAUGAGGCCGUAGGAUUUAUGGUCACGCGGCAGAAUCUCAAGAAAUAUCAGUCAUGCCAGUUUGCCGGCCUUAAACGAGGUUCAUUCGGCUUGUUUGCAAAAAGUACACUCUGUGAACUAUAACCACUUACAUGUUCCAAAAUGUUCUUUCUUUCACUCUCUUUUGGUAGAAAGUUACAUAUACUUCAAACUCUAUAUUCGACGAAAUAUUAUAUUUCAGUUUUAGAAAAUUCUCCAGUUUCCGAAUCAUUUUCAAUCCGACCUGCCGUCACAGUUACGUUCAUGUCGUCCAAACUACAGGAUGUGUAUUUUCCGUGUUAGGCAAAUUAUGCACUUCUAUACGCAACAGAGAAGAAGCCGUGUGGCUUUCAUAAAACUUUGCAGUGCAUUAAUUUUUUACUAUAUAUUUCACAGGCAGCAUUAGUUAACAUAGAGAUGUGGUGCUUUAUGAAAUGAAAUUUCACGGAUAUAAAAAUCUCACAAUAAUACAGUUUUGUUAAAACCUGGCGGUAGUGUCUUUUAAGUACAAAAUUGUACGAAUAAAUAAUUCGCAGACAAAUGAGAAAAAUGACACAUUUUGUGCGUGUUUUCUGUGAGGCGUAUUUAAGUGUACAAGGACAUCGAAAACCAAUUGGAACAAUCCAUACUACUAAACGUGUCAUUUUUUGCUGAAUAUCCUAUCCCUUCGAAACGAAAGCACGCCUCAGAACCUCGGUUAACAUUUCAUGGGGUAGCAGAGCCUUCUAUGAAAAGCUGACAAGGGGAGAGUGUUUAAAGUUGGUGGAGGUAUGUGGAUAAAUAUUGAGGAAAAAUUACGAAUGUUAUAUUGAACGAAUAACUGGUGCAGGGAUUGAAAUCCGACAAAGGUUUGAAAUGUUGGCAGAAGCCUGAAAUGCAGCGCCAUCUAGUAAAGUCCUUCUCACUUGUCUAAGAUUCUCGUACUAAUAUCGAUUCCAGUAGGUGGGUUUCUGUUUAGUGUUAGGGUUACGGUUAAGAACAGGGAUUAGGAUUGCGGUUAAGGGUUCAGAGGUUAGUGUACGGGUUAGCAUUUGGGGGGUUAGGGAUGCAUGGGUCAAUGUUAGGGUUAGUAUUUGAGGACUAGGAUGGGGGAUCAAGGGAUAGGUUCGGGUUAGGAUUUAGAGUUAUUAUUUAGGAUUAGGUUUAGAGUUAUAAUUUUCGGAUAGGGCUUAGGGUUCUUCAUUUUGCCAGUGUGGUCGUAGAUCGGAUCUUUGCCGAAAUUAUAUUUAUCUGCAAUCGGAGACGGAAGUCGGCUUUGAGCUAGGGCUCACAGAAACUUAACGCUGUUCAGAUAGUUUCUGAUUGAAGAGGAAGUAUACGGAUGCGUCUAAUACAACUGACUUCAUGUUAAAUACAUUUGCAAUGUUAGAACGACUAAAUUCGCUCUCUAGAUCGGCGAACGUCACAACCAAGAAAUUUUAUCUCAGGCAUUUCUGAUUGCUGUAGCAUGAAGUGAAGCCGCCGAAUAGCAGGUUCGUCCACGUAUUUCUGCAUCAACUAAAUCCCCUCCCCGAAGUUUCACGCCCGUUCCAGGAAACGAAACCGCAUGGAUAUGCAAAGCUGACUUUCAAUGCUAAGAAAAACGUGCUGUUGUCCAAAAUAACUACUUGAGUAGGAUUAGUUUUUGCAUCGGUUUUCCACACCCUUCUAACUACGAGUAUAUUUUAUAGAAAAGAUGUACAAAACGUAUUCUUUCUACUACUCAUUUGGCAGAAAGUUGCGAAUUCUUUAGAUUUUAUAUUUGAAGAAAUAGUAUCUUUCGGUUUUAAAAAACCCUCUAGUUCGCGAAUGAUUUUGAAACCGACCUGUCGUCUACCUCGCAUUUCUAUGUAUUGCUAUGGGCUACUAAGAAGAAGCCGUCCGGCAUUCAUAAAGUCUUGUAGGCGAUUUGAUUCAUAAGCAGCACUAGCAAACAAAGAGAUACGGUGGUUAGUGAAAGGACAUUUCAGUAUCUUAAAAAAUCUCAGAAUUAUAAACUUAUCUCAACCUGGUGAUACUCCUUUCUAAGCAUAGAAUUAGAGGAUGUAAUUCUCCACUAUAUGAGCAAAUGAAUGAUCAUUUCGGUGGGUUUUCCGUGAGACAUAUUGGAAUUUAUUAGGGCAGCGAUAAUUCAUUGGAAAUAUCCAUGCUACUCAACCAGUCAUUUUUCCUCAGUAUAGUUUAUCCAGACGAGACCAACGAAGCUCGGUCAAAAGCUGGCAUGAUUAUAUGACUGAAAUAUUUAGAGGUGGCGGAGAUGAACAGAUCACUAUUCAGGAAAAAUUACGAAUGCCAUGUGGAAAAACUAACGGGUGCAGUGGUUGAAAUACUUCAAAAUAUUUUUAAUCCGGAAUAGCAGACUGAAGUCAGCUCUCAGCUGAGGGACUCACAGAAAUUUAAGGUUAUUCAGAUAGGUAUGAUUUAGAGGGAUGAAUAAGGAUACGUCUAAUAGAAGUGACUUCUUGUAAAAUACAUUUAUAUUGUUAGAACGACUAAAUUCGCUCUCUAAACCGGUGAACGCCACAACCAAGUAAUUUUACCUCAGACAUUUCUGAUCACUUCAGCAUGAAGUAAAAACCGCCGAAUAUCAGGCCUGUCCACUUAAUACUGCAGCAACUGAAUUCCCUCCUCUAAGGUUCACACUUCUUCUAUUCCGUAACACGUGAUCAGCACCUGAUGCAACAGCCGCCGGUGGGCAUCCGAGUCGUUGGUCGGGUUCAAGGUCGCACGAAGCCAAUCGAUACAACUUAAUCCUUGAACUGCGUCACAAAGCAACUCGACCAGCUACGAGAUGCUCAGUCCAACGAGAAUGUUACGUCGUUACAUUAAAUGGUGGAAUGAUGUUCCAGAUGUAGUUGGAUCAUCAACUUUACCGUAUGAACAAGGCAUAUUUACUCAGGAUGUAGGCGGACCGCCAUACGCGGAUAGCAGUAAGUCCAUUCCUCGUAUCCUUCAAGAUUCAUUCUUCCAUCAUCUCAUCGUCUACAACACUUACGCCACAAUUUGAAUGCGUAUAAAUAAAGUAGUUUGAGAAAUUAUGAAUAAGGCAUAUGCAUCGCAAAAGGUAUUUAUGAAUGCAUGACCUAGCUUACAUCGGCCGAUCCGUUAAACCUACUUUAUUAAUUUUAGCCAUCUAAGUGUCACAUAUCCAAUAUGUAUGGCCGCGGAUGAGGGAUGACAUCGGGCAUAGUGUAGCAUUGCUUUAGAUUGUUGAUGUAAGCCUUCAUGCAUUCAGUUUAAAUCCUGACUUUCUCCCUAUAAGUAGAUCAGAUUUCAAGUAAUGAAUUUUCUUCAACUUCUCUUCUAGUUCCUAGUGCAUCACAAUACAAUAGGUACGACUGGCCAAAUUGCUCAACUCCCGUCAGCACGCUUAGCGUAGCAUCCUCGUCUACAGCUCCCAUGACUUUUAAGGACAAUAGAAACGCGGACAGUAAGGAGGAAUCUAGCAUUGAACAGGACAUAAGUUUUAACUCUUAUACUUCCGUAUGGACAACUGGCACCGAGCACACAGCUGUCCGAUGGAGAUCAGCUCCCUCUAGACUAGGUGAGAAAAUCUCCCAGGCAACAAGUUUGGAAUAUGUCAGUCGCUUGAGCCUCACAAGUGAAGAAGACCUUCGCACUCUGGAAGCUAAUUCAACUCCCAUAAGGCAACUAUCGAAUUACGCGUAUCAUAAGGAGUCGGAAGGUGAAGUGGAUAAUGUAUCAGCAGCCGGUUCAAACAGCUCCAUUUCAUCAAUAUCGUCCUCAUCCUCAACCCACACGUUUGAUCCCCAACACAGGGACCCGGGACCCACAACGAUAGCAUUUAGUGCAUCGAAUCCCCGUCCGACUCCACAUCCGCGAUCUCGCAGGUUGGUUCUGAGACAAUCCCAACCAGCAGCCCCGUCGCCGCUGUCACAUACUCCACAGCCGCAGCCACCACCACCACCACCACCGCUGUCGUUGUUGGCACCAAUGCGAUCAAGGAAGUCGCCACUCUCACAUUCUCCACCACCUCAUCCGUUCACGGCGCCGAUUUCGCCGUCACAAACUCUACCAACAACGUUCCCCUGUCUGCUGGACUUGGAGUUGUGCAGACCAGUGACGUCACCACAACGACCCUGCCCACGGCCGCGACACUCGGCCACCCUGACAAUCUCAACGCCAAAGAAUCCGCCACCACCAAGGUCGUUGUCCGCACUGCCACACCCGCCACCACUUCCACCACCACCGCCACCAGGAUGGUUGACAUUGAAACGGGUGGAGACAGUAGCGACUGCAGAGGAGUACACGCCUCCGUCUCCGAAGCCGUCCCCUGCCUCAUCCCCGACUCCGUCUCAGCUCCUAAAUGCACUGAUUGCGUGGCCGUCACCGUCGCCGUCGUCGCCGAAACCCUCAACCCCAUUGACACCACUGCCGGAACCCUUGUCGACGCUGACCCCUUCUCCACAACUUUCUCUUCCACUGUCUCAAAUCCCAGUGGUGUUGAACGGGUUGAGUUCAUUGCCAUUAUCAACCCAACCCUCCUCAUCACCAGAACUGUUGAAAACGACUACCUCGUUUCCACCAUCAUCCGCAUCACCCUCCCAGCUGCUGGUGCCGUUAAAGACGUUGACGCGACCGCCGCCGCCGCCGACGACGACGCCGACGCCGCCCUCAUCGCCGCCACCACCCCUAUUCAUUUCGCGUCUCUCGCCUGCUGA